GCGGAGGGAUCCGAGCCGGAGGGAGGUGUUUAUGAAGGGCCGUUGGCGGCGGUUGGAAAUUAGUCCGAGCCGUGCCUGCGAGGAGUGAGGUUGUCGCUGUGCUGCUGCUGCUGGGGCUUUUGCGCGUAUUUUAACGACCGCUCGUGGACAUGGUGAGUACCGGGCUGGGGCCUGCGGGGAGCCCACACUCACUGAGGACCGGACCGGGGUUUACCACCUGCCGUGCUGUGCGAGCCGAGUGCGCACUCACUGUCACUGAGUGCGCACUCCCUGUCAGAGGCUGGGGCCGGCCGGCUGUUAAUGCUGACAGGAAAGGAGAGGGAAAGGGAGUUGUCCUGUCUGCUCUCAGCCCGGCUCUGCUGCUCUCCCUCCCCACCCUGGCUAUGAAUGGAAGCCAUCCCAAUAUAACGGAAUCUUUAUUAUCACUCUGGGAGACUGGGUGUAAGUAAUUCCUGGCAGCAUUGAAGCUGGGCAUAAUGAGAGGGUCUGAGGGGGCUGUGAGCCCCUGGCAGCUUAUCCUUUUAAGUCUUAUCUUACAUAAUCAAUCUCUCUAUUAUAAUAUCUAAUGUACUGGGUACCAGUCUGACACACACAUAGCACAUUAUUUUAUAUAUUUUUUUUUUUUGUGUGAAGGUGCUGCAGUAUGAGUCCUCCCUUGCUAAUGAUUGAUCCCUGUCUUAUAUAGGGCUAGUAAUCCUUUUUUUUUUUUUUUUUUAUAUAGGGCUAGUGAUUGAUCCCUGUUUAUAUAGUGUGACGCCCCUCUCUGCAUGGAAGUGUCAUGGUACUUUCUGAAGCCUUGUUGGUAGUCACAGGUUGCCCAGCUAUUGGUGUGUAUGUGAAAGGGACUGGCUGAGGUUAAGCAAUCUGGGCUAUGCAGCCUUAUCCUGUAUCCUGAUGUAGUGUCAUUAGCUGGCUGACCAUCAUAAGCUUGGCCUGCAAUAGGUGGGUUAAAAUACACUUUUUAUGUGAGGGAGGGAAAUGUGGAUAAGGUAAAGGCUGGCUGUGAUGCACCACUGUUUAAUUUAUUGGCUUCUUAAUGUUGGUUUGCAGGCAAAACUGCUGCUUGGUGUGGUGGUUGUCAUUAAAUGGGUUGCGUAAUCUUGAUGCCUAUCUAGCACACUGUGUUGUGUAGUUAAUGUUGUAACGGUGCUUUCUGGACCUGGAUGUUGCCUAAGCUGCACUCAUUCAGGGAGAAAUGUCUUUCCCACAGCCAGCUGGAGACUGAUCUAGCUAUUGUACUUGUACAUUGUGCAGGGGCACUGGCUUAGCGGUUACAUAAUCUGAAAUAACCCAUCUGUAAACUAGGUCGCAUGAUGCUCGAGGAAAAUUGUGGGGGAUGAGAACAUGCGACCGUGGACUGGACUGUUAUUGGCUUUUUUAUUUGUAUAAUUUUUUUCUCCCUCCUUACUCUUCCCAUGUCAGAGCCUUUUCUGGAUAUUCUAUAGUGACUUCCCUCUUUCUUGCUUCAGAGAAACUAGAUGGGUUCUUAGCUUGCUAAAACUGACCUGUGGUUUUAAAAUUGGGUUUUUAUUUUUAUGGUCACUUUCAAGAAAAGUGCUACCUGUAUACCUGUUGCAUGCAAAACUGCAGUAUAGUUCACGUGAUUUAAAAAAAAAAAAAAAAUUUUUUUUUAAUCUCCCACCCAAGUAAACUGCAGCUGGGAGCAGUCUCUUGUCACAAUUAACGUAUCUGCUGUUUUGUCUCCUCCCAAGACUAGGGUGGGUCCACCGCAUUGUACUGCAGUUUCCGGUAGGAAGGGCAUGUGUCCUGCUCAACCAUCAGUAAGCUGAGAUGUAAUGGAGCAGAUGAAUAAGCAGAGUUCAUAGCUGCGCCUCCAAAUACAGGUCUAUCUGUAUCUCGUGCAGCUAACAUUGACUGGAACUGAUUGGAACUGUAGACCAUACUCGAGCUAUUCCAGAAUUUGCUGAAAGUGGUCUGGAAAGAAUUACAAAUUCUCAGCUGAAGAAAAGGCCAUUAACAGCCAUGGAAGUUGCCCAUGACUAUGAAACAGAUGGCGAUUAUGUUACUGCUAGUUUUGAUCUGUUUUUGGGUGAUAUUGCUGUCCAAGAGUGACUGAAGUCUAUUAAAAAAAGAGAAAUUGUCUCGUUCUGCAGAAAUUUUGUAUCUAUUCCCUUUAUAAUUGGGAGGGAAGCUGAUCAUAGGUUUUGCGUUGGCAUGACUAGUUGCACACUUGCUCUUGUAUAUUAACGGGGUUGUCUGUAAAUGAGCACUCAUGGUGCAAAGUUCUAAAUGUGAUAGUCACCAUGGAAUUAACUGGAAUGUUGGUGUUAACUGCACCUCUUUCAGGACUUUGCUCUUCUAUUGGUUUAUAUUAAUAACAUCCAAAGGUUUACUUCUGCUGUUAUUGAGUUCUGAAUCUUUUGAUAAAUAAUUGGUAUCUUUAGCUAUUGCAGCAUCAUGAUUUUAUAUGAACUAUAUUUAUUUAAGACUUGAUAGUGGUUUAACUCUUGAAUAGUCAUAAUGUUUGAGGACCAAACUUUUUUUUUUUUUUUUCUUAAACACCAUUCUGCUUUACAUGCUCUAGAACAGUGAUUUGUAGUAAAAUCAAUCUGAAUAUUUUAAAUUUGUGUAGCAUUGUACUUUAUAGACUUAAGGGAGUCUGUAUGCACUAACAAUUUUCUCACUGAAUUGGUUAUAGUGCCUGGAGUCCCCUGACACGCUUCUCUACCUUCAGUAUUAAAACUCUUUUCAAGCAAUUACACACUGAGGGGUCCUGACUUUCUAUAGCACCACCCCCACUGAAUGUAUGGCUAAGGCAGAGCUUACAUGCUUCCUUGUAGCAAUACUGAUUCAUACCUGCAAUGGCACUGUGACAGCCAAUUACAGCUUUACCAUUAUGUUGCUCACUAGCCAAAGAUGCUCAGUGGAUAGGUUGAGGACUCUUGUUGGCAGUUAAAAAUGACAGGUGACUCCAGGCACUACAAUCACUUGAGUGAGCAAAUGCUGUUAUGGUGCCCAGUGUCCCUUUUAGCAGUUUGUUCAGUGUUGGUUAUCUUUGAAUUGCUUUACAGAUUCUCUUAACUCUAGCUUGUUAAACUGAUCAUAUGGAAAAAGGGCAUGCCCUUGUGCCAUACCUGAUUUCUGCAUGGUUGGGGUUCAAUGUGCUUGGCUACUGCUACUUAUAAAGCAGUCUGCAAAAGUUACUGCAGUUAUACCAUAUCAUAGCUACCCAUACAGUUGCUUGUAUGGGGGUGCAAUGUUUAUAAAAUAUUUUACCAGGAAAGAUACAUUGAGAUUUCUCAUGUUUUAACAUGUCCUUGGUAUAUGUAGUCAUGCUUCCUCCAUAUCCCCAUUUUUGAUAAGCUUCUUUAAAGCUAUCUUGUUUGUUAGCCUGUUUUGCACCUUUUGGCUUCAUGAAAAUGUGAUGCUAUUUAAAAUGCAAUGGAAGCUAUGCUGUUAAAUCUCUUGAUAACAUUUCAGCUAUGGGUCUAGAGUUCCCUGCAGAAGAUGCAAAUCAACAAUAUUUACAAACAACUUUAAGACCUAGGUAAAAGGCUAAAUUGAACACAUUAAAGGAAUCAAAACCUCUUCCAUACAAGACUUCCCACUGCCCGUCUGACUCAACUGGUCAUAUAAAGUCACUGUAGUUGGGCUACAAAUCUGCACACAGUGUGAAGUGAAUACCAGUGGCAUCUCUGCAAGUGAUCCAAGAUCUGGAUAAUGCCAUAGCCUUGUGCUAUCUCCUAGAAUGGGUUUCUGAUGCAUUCCAUGUGGCUUUCAAGUUAAAAUGCAAAGUUUCAAAUCUUUGUAACUAAUGGAGAUUUUGUGUAAAUCAUCUAACUUUGGCAAAGAAUUGGUAUAGUACUGGGCGUGUAUCACCUCUUCUGAAGUGUUGAGAACUGGUGCAUUGGAAACGUGUAGUUUAAAAUGGUGCAUACCUUUUGUGUUUUUUUUUUUUUCUAUACAGAAGUAGUUCUUGGUUUCUUUAUGUAUAACAUGCAUAUUGAAAGAGGGUGGAGCCUUAGUCAGUUUACUUCCUGUCAACUUGCUAAUGUACUCCCAGAUGUGACAUUUCUGGCAGUCAUGUCAGAGCAGGUGGCAACCACCUUGUUAAACACAAAGAUUGCUGUGACUGUAAUGUAGACCUGACAGGACAACUCGUCUUAACCCUAUAAACACUCACCUUAUUCCAGCACCUAGGUCUCUCAUCUGUCGGCCUUGAUAAGGAACUUAAUGCUCAUGCAUUGCGCGCUCCACUCAUGGGAAAGCAAUGAAUCAAUGCUGUCUGUGAGAUUUAAAGACACUGGGUAUCCUCACACACUGCAUAAGGAUGUCCAGCGAUUCAGAGUAUAACUUCAUGAAACAGCUGCAAGCACCUCUAGUGACUGUCUGGUAGACUGCCACUAGAGGCAGUCAUAACCCUGCAAUAUAACACUGAAGUUUCUCUGAAACUACAAUGUCUUAAACUGAAAGCUUAUGGGGACUGGGACAAUGUUCCCAGACAACUUCAAUGAGACAAAGUAGUCAGAGUGCUUAUUGCCUUGUGGUUUUUCUGUUUAUGUAGCCCUAGCAAAACCUCCCUUGGCCUGUGACUCUCAGCCAGCAUGAAAUAUUUAAUUUUAACUCUGUCUUACAGUUAUCAAAUUCUUAUGCUCUGUUGAAAGGGACACUAUAUAGGGUUGGCAAUACACAUUUCUGAUCAAUGGGACCCUUUGCUUUUGAGCAUUGGUCCAGACACCACGCUUCGCCAAUCAGUUUUUCUUAAAGGGACACUCCAGGCACCCAGACCACUUCUGCCCAUUGGAGUAGUCUGGGUGCCAACUCCCACUACUCUUAACCCUGCAAGUGUAAUUACUGCAAUAAUUACCUUGCAGAGUUAACUCCACCUCUAGUGGCUGUCUACUAGACCGUUAUUAGAGGGCACUUCCGUGUCCCUAGCACAGGAAACCUGAGCUAGAGCGUCGCUGUAUGUCCUCGCGCUGUGAGGACCUCCAGCAUCUCUCAUUUCCCCAUAGGAAAGAAUUUUCAAUGCUUUCCUGUGGGGAGCUCUAAUGUGCGGCAUUGCUGCGCAUUUGCAUUAGGUCUACCUGGUGGGCGGGUUGUCUCUCCCACCGGCCGUCGCAAUCACUGGGAGGAGCGGCGGAAGCAGCAACGUGGGACACGUUGCUGCUUCUGGUAAGUGACUGAAAGGGUUUUCACCCCUUCAGCAACCAGGGAUUGGGGGGUGGGAGGGAGAGGGGACCUGCAUGCCAGAAAAACUAUUUCCCUGGCACUGGAGUUUCCCUUUAAGCCAUCUGUUUGGCAAGAGCAGCAUAAAGCAAAUUUCACAGCUAAGUAGUAAAUUGAGCAGGGAGUCUGCAUUAUCGGUCCUCACACGAAAACCUUAACAUAAUGAUAGGGUGAUUGCCCUUCCCUUAAGGGAAUAUUUGCAUAAAUGGAAAUCCCUGCAGCAAUCCUCUGGUCUCAUUCUAAAAACUUUUUAAGGUUGUAGUACAGCAAGCUUUUUUGGCCUUAAAACUGCUAUUAAUUGCUUUUUGCAGUAUUCACUGCAGUGGCACUGAUAAUGUAUACAUUAUUGUAGCCUAUGUGUCCAUGGAGCAUGGACUGUGUAACCCUUGCUUUCCUGGCAUUGGCUGCUGUCUGUGCUCAUUUACUAACAGAGCAGUGAGCUUGUUCUGUUGACAUUUCCUACCUGGCAUCUGAUGCAAGCAAGUACCCAUGGUGUUUAAAAGUUCUAGUUGGAUAACUAUGUAGUCCUAUUCCUGCAGGCAGUUGCUGAACUUUGUGAAUCUGCAUCUUCACGUGCUGUAUCCUGUGUGCAACUAUCCCCUUUCUAGAAAUUUUGGAUAUAUAAAUGCAUUGUAUAAAUGCUGAGAAUAAGUGUCAUUUAUUGACAUCUCAAGAUGUUUCAGAGAAUCUAACCUCCUUGGGGGAGGAAACUUGGUGCCAUCUUAGCUUUCUUUUUAUUGAAGCACUGACAAAGGGGUAUUUAUGCUAGUCUGCUACCUCAGUGGUUGAUGCCACAGCUUGCAAGCAUUUAAUGUGAUGGCUAACUAAAGUACUUCUAUUUUGCUGAAUUAAAGUGUAUAAAACAUCAAGAAUUUAGUCCCAGAGGAACGAAUCUUGCACGAAGACAUGGCAAAUACCAUAAACUGAGUUAUUGUAGUUAUCUUUUUUAGGACUUCUGAAUAACAUUGCUGGUGGACUGUAAAGAUGCCAACUCCAAAUGUAGGGAAUAGUUUGACCUAUUGUAAAACUGUAGGUGCUUCAGUAUGCUGUAGUGGUAAGGUGUCCGGAGUUCCCCUGUGACUUCACAGGGUAGUCAGUUUGACCACUUACCUGGGGCUCCAACAGGCACAGAUUUUAUCCUCCAGGGCUGCCUUAAGCUCACUUGAGUUAAACCCUACACUGCUUUACUGCUACUAGUCACUUGGUUAUGAUGUGCAUGUGUUAUGUACAGUGUGGCAUAAGACCUACAGGCCAUUUAGGAAGCAUUAAAUCUUUGUUCUGAAAACAAUAGCAACCUAAGCUUGUCACAUUGUUGCAAGGUGGUCCGCUGUUCCUUUCACACUGCAUAUAACUGUCCAUAACUGCAGUUAGUCCCCCUUGUUGAUAUCACAAACUAGUGCUGUGAACGAACCUGGUGUAUGUGCAGUCUUGUAAUUACAUCAAACUGUAAGUGUGGUGGUUGAGCAGUUAGUGUCAACUUUGUUAGUUCCCUAAUUUUAUUGAUAAAUAGAACUGGUUCGAAGUUGGGUGCCCCACACAUGUUGUUGUAAAUUUAACGUAUUGACUAGACUGGUGGUUCCCAAACUUUCAAGGCAAACCAGCAGCCUGGCUUUUAGGCUUCUGGCUCCAUUCCAGGAUUCUAACCGUCUCAAUGGUUGAACACCUAUCUAAUGCACUGUAGAAUACAGAUCAUUGUUGAACUGGAGUGUCUAGUUAACAUGAACCUGUUAUGAAAGGUCUACCUUUUUUAAAAAAAAAAAAACUAUUUUUCCUUUUUUAUACAAUUAAAGGGACACACUUAUUCCUGACACUAUAAUAAACUUAAUAUCUUAGGAAAGCAUGGUAGGCUAUUGUGCAUGCACAGCUUAAAUGUUUGCCAAUCAAGAUAUCAUCAGAAAUGCAUCAAAUCCAUGAAUCUGAGACAUUCAGUGCCUCCAUGCUUUGCAUGCAGACUCUGAAAGCCUGUUCACCACUGACAGUCUCUUCCACUAGAGUUGUUACUAGGCAGUGUUUACAUUAAAGCCUGCAGGGACUGACUAUGGACUCAAGCUGUGGUUUUUCUAGUGACCUGAGUGUCCCUUAAGCUUUAACUUGUGUUUUGUUUCUGAGAGCAUAAAUCAUGUUUUCAGUGGGUGUUGCACUUGCUGUGAGAUCUCUCCUGUAUAUUCCUGUUUGAGAAGCACAAAUUCUUUGCAUAAUUGGUUAUCAGUCCCAACACUUUGGAUUUGUGUAUACAAAACUAAUCUGUUUUCUCAAUUCUCAUAUUGCCUGCUCAAAGGUUUCCUUUAUCCUUGGUGCUUUCAUACAGAGCCUGUCUAUCCUCCCUACUUUCCAUUAGGUUGAAUUCAAGCAGGAGACAUGCUCAGAAGAGUUUACCUGAUAUUAAAAAAAAAAAAAAAAAUCUAAGCAUUUGCUAGAACAAUUUUUUUAAUUUUUUUUUUUAUUUUUUUAUAGAGUAAAUUUGAUUCUCUCAAUUGAGUUGUAUUUGUCUUGACAAGUAAAUUUUAGGCACUUAAUGUACUAAGUCACUCAGAAUUCUUAAUCAACAGAGUUAGAGCAUAUUUUCAACUUGGCAAUCAUGGGAACGUAAAAUUCUAUAGAUGGUUGCUGUUACUAAUUGGCUUAUAUAACCGAAAAAGAGUGAGCUGCUGGUGUAAACAUGAUGUAGGUAACAUAGCUGAAAUAAACAUGAAAUUUCAAAGGGGCUCUAAGCACCAUCACUGCUUUGAUUUAGUCUUGGGUGCAGUCUUUUAAGGAACACUACAUAGGGUCAGGAACACAAAGCUGUAUUCCUGACUAGUGUCAAACCCACCAUUUAGCUGACUAGUCUCCUUAAAAGCAGUCACUUAACCUAUUUCCAGCGCAAAUGUGCUGGCCAUGCCCCUUUGGUGACAUCAGAACUUUUGUUUUUUAGCCGAUCCAGCGCUUUCAACAUGGGGUGGGGCCAAUCAGCACCAAAUAGAAAUGCAUUGAUUUAAUGCAUCUAUGAGGAUUAAGCAUCCCCAUGCAGAGCUCAGUGGAACUAAACUUGAGGCAGCAAUUGCCCAGAACACCUGUCUUGGAAAGAUUUAUCAUUGAGCUGCAUUGAAAAGUCUAACUGGACAAGCUCAAAGUCUGGGCUCUGUUAGGGGAGGGCUUGCAAAGGCUUCACAGGUUUUGCAAGCUAUUAUACCUGUAAUGAGAAUGUGUUGCUAAAUGCAUGCAAGCUUUCAUUUAGGGCAUCUACUAAACAGUGACUUAUUUUAUAUCUGGACAACUAAAGGGGCAGAGCUGUGUGGCUUUUUUAAUCUAAAACAUGGGUAGGUAACCUUUAGCACUAAUGGUGACUGCAUAUCCCAAAAUGCUGGCAAAGCACCAUGGGAGAUGUACCAAAGGCUGCCUACCCCUACAGUUUAGUGUUGCUUUGGAAUUUUAGGGUUCCACCACUAUGAAGGCAAUGUUGUCUGUGGCCUUUUUUGAUAUUUUAUUUGCCCACUUGUGAUGCAAGGCCCCAGUGCAUUUGAUACAGGAAUGUCUCCUAUCACAUUGCAUAGUAGAUAUUAUUGGAGUAUGUGUGAGCAUAUGGUGGACAUGGAAACUUAACUCCCUAGUGAGAAUAUGGACCACUAGCAGGGUUCAGACUAUUCUUUCAUGCUUUCCUAAGCACAAGGCAGCUAGAUAUUAGUGAGCUGUAAAUUUUUAAUCUUUGUUCUUACAAGUUUUUCACAAAUCAGUUUUGUAUGUAGGUACUUUGGAUUAUUUUUUUAAAAGGCACUGUAUUGAAUAUGGUCUGGAGUGUAGGCCUUGACUCAGACUGAUCAGCUGAUGCUGACAAACUGUAAUGUUUGUUGUGCUUGGAGUGAGUUUAUUAAAGCCACUGCUCUAUCUGCCUGUACUAAAAAUGGUUACUCCAAGCACCAUUACCACAUCUGAGAUUUUGAAGCACUGAACAUAGUUUACCCCCCCUGCUGCCAGAGCUGCAUGGAGGCACAGAACUCUUGUUACUGGCUGGUGAAUGUCCAUUCCGUACAUAUUGCCAUACACAGAAUAGCAUUCAUUGACUGAGUCAGAAUUGAUGCCCUUAAGACUAGAAUCUAUAUAAAUGUCUGCUUAAAUAAUUUGCAUAAUCUGUUCUUUUUUUUUUUUUAUAAUUUAAAAAAAAAUACCCAUGAUUCUAGACCUACAUGCCAUGGGUGUAAUGAUUGACAGGGGAGCUAGUGAGCCUGCUGCCAAGUGUGACUAUCUUGUUCCCUGUCUCUCAUCCUCCCAGCAGCAUUACUAGUUUGCUGUGAGUUUAGGACAUGGUGAAGCCAGCAUGUUAUGUAUGGAUGUGCUUAGCACAGUCUUCCAAGCAGGGAAUUAUUCACAGCAGUGGAUGGAGGUUAUCACAGAUAUCUUGAUGGUAUCCUAAAUAGUGCCUUCUGACUCGUGUCAAAACUCCUUCCUAUGGUCUUGAAGAGAUACAGCACUAUAUAGAUCAAAUGUAACUCACGUUACAAACCUGGUUUUUGUUUCUUACACUAUUCUAUUGAAUAGGAAGCUAUGCUUCCAGAUCAGUUUGACACUGGUACAUUAAAGGGACACUGUAGGCCACCCAGACCACAUCAGCCCAUUGAAGUGGUCUGGCUGCAAACUCCCAUAACUCUUAACCAUGAUCAAGUAAUUAUUGCAGUUUUUUUUUUUUUUAUAAACUGCAAUGAUUACCUGUUUAACUCCUCUAGUGGCUGUCUACCAGACAGCCACUAGAGGGACUUGCAGGUUAGACUACCUUUGGUCAUCUAAACGACCUCGCGAUAUGCAUGAGGACUUCCAGCAUCUCUAGAAACUAUUGAAUAAUGCUUUCCUAUUGGAAGAUUCUAAUGCGAGCGUGGCCAUUAAUGUGCAUGUACAUUAAGUCUCUGGCAGCGGGGGAGGAGCAUGGGGGGAGUUGAGCCAGUGCCUGGGGAUGCUGAGUGACAGUGGGUUAUUAACCCACUUCUGCACCACAGGGGGCCUUGACGAAGGGAAAGCUAUAGUGCCAGGAAAUGAACUUGUUUUCCUGGCACUAUAGUUUCCUUUUAAGCAAAGAGGGCAGCUUUUAUAAAUGAUUAUUCUCUGCUUUGCCCAAGUUUUCAGUUUGCAGAAAAUCAGAGGGGAAAAAUAGUCUAGCUGUGACCAUGGCUGACUUGUAGAAAUGAUCAAAAACAGUUUUAGGGUUGCACUUCUAAAAUUUGUUUGGAUAACACGGACAGUGAUGUGGUGGCUGGCAAUCCCACCCAGGUGUUACAGGGAGACUCUAGCCUAAAAAGCUUGCAAAAACAUAAUUGUGUUUUUGUUUUUUUUGUUUUUUUUAAUCUUACAACUUUACCUUGUUUUUGUAAUGGGAAAUUAAUUCCUCGUGGUAGUAAAUUUUCAUGUGAAGUAGAACUUGCCUCAACUUCAGAAAAAUCUCUUCCAGAGCUGCUGCAUAGCUAUGUUCAUUGUUCUCAUGCAUGUGACAUUGCUAAAUGUUGCACAUUCUCAUGCCAGUUAACUACAAAUAAGUGGUUGUGGCCAAGUGAACAAAAUACACAUUGCAGACUUGUUUUAACACUUUGCAUGCUCUUGCAGCAUUGUAGUACGUUACAGUGUUUUCAUGUCUGGAAUUUUCACUACACUCUCUUGGCCCUAGAUUUGUUAGUAUGUGGAAGUGUCCCUUCAGUAUCAAAUGGGUUUCUGGAGCACACUGGUGUUAAAUGGAGAAUGCUUUAACCACUAAAAUGUGAGCCAAAGUCUUUCAGCACCAACUCACUGCCUCUUUUGCACAAUCAUUAGUGCCACUGAAAGGCUAAGCGGUCAAAUGACACUAUCAGCCAAUCAGUGACUCACCAUUCAUAAAACUGUCUCUUUAGACAACUUUUUUUGUGCAUGCAUAAUACUUGAACAAAUUCCAACAGGAAAAGCCAUUGCUAUAAAAAGGAACUUUGAGGUUUUGUGCUGCAGGUUAUACAACAAUGUGGCCGUUAUAAAAACCACUAGCAUUAUUAAAGUUUAUAUCCAUCUUAAUGAGUAUUCAUGUGAAGGGCACUUUCUUGCACUACUUUAUAUUUUUUUUUGUAGAACAUAUUAUUGCAGUCAUAAAUGAACAAGAAGCAUACACUAAAACACAAUCAUUAUGCCUUGGAACCUCCUUGCUGUGCAUCAGCAUUUCUGUAUCUGUCAAAUAUGCAUUUUUAUUUUUUUGACCAGUAGACAUGACUUGCAUCUGAAGUAUACUUCCUUAUUUUUAAAGGGGAAACAAAAUACCCUAUGUUAUGUCUGUAGUGUGCAUUGUUCCAAGGACCAAUGAAACAUGAAGUUUGAAACUUGUGAGCAUUUAAUUGCUGCAAGUUAAACUACAGAAAACUGGGUGGUCACUGCAAAGAUUAAUGGGGAGAACACAUACUUAAAUUGAGACCCUGUAUACAGCAUUAAAUACAUAUUCCUAACUAUAGGUGUCCAGCCAGUCUCACUUGACGUCUCUCUUCAUAUGUUUGUAAAUAGUAUCUUGGUAUACCUGAAAUAUAUCAGGCUAUAGUAAAUGUGACUGGAAUUACUGCUUAAAGGAUUGCCAUAGUGUCAGGAAAACAAAGUGGUUUUCCUAACACUGUAGUGCCCUAAGGGUGCCCCCACCCUCAGGGUUGCCCUCCCAUGGUGCUGAAGGGGUUAAAACCCCUUCGGCAGCUUACCUUAUUCCAUCGCCUGGCUCCCUCUCCAACAUCAGCUCCCCAGUCCGACGUCAGUGGAGUUGCUGCGCAGCAAGUACCGCACGCAUUCAUUUCUCAAUGCUUUCCUAUGGACGCUUUGCGCGAUGGAGGCAUAUGCCUCCAGCGUCGCAGAUGCGCCUCUAGUGGCUUCUUCUGGACAGCCACUGGAGGCUGGCUUAACCCCAAAUGUAAACAUAGCAGUUUCUCUGAAAAUGCUAUGCUUGCAUCUAAAGGGUUAAAACCUGAGGGACAUGGCACCCAGACCACUUCAUUGAGCUGAAGUGGUCUGGGUGACUAGUGUCACUUUAAACUUGACACUUUAGUAUGGGCAUGAGGUCUUUCAAACUCUUACAUUUACACUUACUCUGGUGUUCGCUAGUCAACCUGCAUUUUCCAGUUGAGUUAUUGCCUAAUUAGGAAUCAACAAAUGUUUUAUGAGUGAGAUUUAUCAAUCUAAAAUGGCUAUGAAGAUAAAGGCUACAUUGCUUCUGAGACUUUCCAAACCCAGUAAGUUUUAAUUCCACGUCACAUGGAAGGAACUCCUUGUUUCCUCUUCAUAAUUCUGCUCCAUGCAGACUGUUAACAAAGUGCCUCUAGUGAAACUAAGCUUCUAUUUAUGGUUUGUUUUUAACCCCCUUAAGGACAUGACCUGUAUGACAUGUCACGAUUCACUUUUAUUCCAGAAGUUUGGUCCUUAAGGGGUUAGUACACACAUUUGUGGUAGGGUUGUCUAUACCAUGUGAUGUUGCUAGAGCCCCCUCAAAUGUACACCAUUAGAUUAUGGCUCCAUAACUUGAAAACAAUUGUAGAUGGGAAAACGUUGGUCAAUGAGAGAUUCUGGACAUGCUUAAGUGAUCAAACUCCUUGAUAUAUUACUCUUGUAGCUUUGCAUAAAUCACUGGAAGCACAAGGGAGCCUCCCAACAAACUGAACUGACUUGAUUUGCAUAUUAAAAAGUCAUUAAACUGACCUGCAUCUCGUGUGUGUGUGUGUGUGUGCGCACACACACUUUAUUUAAAGAAAUAUAGAAACCUACAUAAAGUUGGGGAUGGAAGUGUUGAAAUGUAUGUAAUUCACAUUUUUAUAAACUUGAUCAGAUGGCAUUGUUGGACAUGCCGUUCUAGGUAGGGGAGUUUUCAGCCUUGCCUGUCUAGCUCCAUUCCUGACAUGUCCACUAAUGGCAAACUGGGAAUCAUUAUGCAGAAAGAGUAACCAGAGACUGCUCUGCAUGAUCAGACUCCCCUCUUCUCCCCAGUCAGGAUGUUGCAAGGUGGAGCAAUCUUCCAACAGGACAUUUGUAACUGUCAGGCAUGCCCAGUGCACUUGUCACUUUUCCAGCCUUCCUAGGGAUAGGACAUAUAUUGGGUGGUGGCAAUGGAAAGGUCUAAAAAAGCAGGUAAAGAUCAACCAACCUGUCUGUGUUUUUUUUGUCUUUUCUCUCCCUGCCUCGUGAGACAACGGUAUCAUUCCUUUAAAGGGUCCCUUGCGCACACAAGCUUACAUGCAUAGCAUAUUACAACCUAGAUGUAGUGUAUGUUUCUGUUAAAACAGAUUAACUCUAUUACAUCUUGCUGUAUGUAAUGUGCUCUAAAAGUAUGGUACUUCCUCCCCUGAUCUUUUUGGCAUGGAUCUCUAUACUGCCAGCACAAGAUGUUUAAGUUGCAAGAGAAGCCUGCUACAGGCUGUUCUUGUAAGAGUCUGAGUCCUAACUGGCAGAUUAGAUAUUUAGAUUCUUUGAAUCAUUGUUGGAUGUUAGUGUAACAUCUGCAGACCAGUGGCAGUGCUGGUUAAGGGCUAGAAUAUGGGAAAGCGUAUACCACUUCAUGGGAGUGCAUACUUUAAAACUUCUAUAGCAUAACAUCUGGGAAAGCUAUCUAAAGCUAACUUGUCAUACAUUUUCAAGUACACAUGAAACAAUGUAAAUAUCUUGCUUAAAUUUGACUCCCUUUCAUAUAAAGCAUCGUCUCAGUCUUGAAUAAACCUUUUUCCCAUUACUGUGUAAAUGAACUAAAUCUAGUUCUGCCAUACUAUUUUGGGAGACCUCUAUACAAAUGCUUCUAACUUUAGUUGUACUUUGCAGUAUUUCACAAGUUUGAUUUACAUUGCAUAAGUUAUGCUUAAAUUCCCUAUACAGUUGACGCAAACUUUUUUGUAAGGCAAUUUAUACAUUCAUACUAAAUGCCAUCUCAUGUCUUAAAUGUUAUCUUUUACUUGGUAUAGAAACCAUAAACCUCAGUUUCACUUACAAUCAAUGGAUUUCAAAUUAAGUUUCUGAAAUGCCUAGCAAGCAUUACAUACUAUAUCAACCAGUGUAUCUGUUUGUUGGAUGUAGUAACAGCUCUUAAAGUCCAUUAUUGCAUGGUUGAUUUGUGUGAACUAGUGAGUCCUGCACUGCAUUCUAAUUAGUGUAUUUUUUUUUCCUUUCAGGCUGACCAACUGACAGAAGAGCAAAUUGCAGGUAUGUGUUUAGUACGAUUUCUGUUGGUCCUUGAAAUGGCAGGUCUCUAACAGUUUGUGGGCCAGAAUUUAAUAUAGGCUAUUUCUGGAGUUUGGACUGAUGCAGAUUUACUUGAAUUGUGGUUAUACAGAUCCUGCUGUAGCACAUACCUAGUGCUUCCUAUGCAUGCUAAAUGCUGUCUUGGGCUUUUAAGUUUGGUGUCACUUAUGUAGGAGUUUAUUCCAUAAACUCAAAACUUAAAACAAAAUUCAGAAUGGCAAACAUCUGCAGUUCUGAUACAUGACUAUUUUAGCCUUUAUUUUUUUUAUUUCUAUUAACUACAGGUUCAUUUUAAUUGACAUUGUGAAGAGGCUCCUAUAAAAUGUAUGCGUCUGAGGUUAUUGGCAUUCUUCAGAUUAGAUUUAAAAUUGUUCUACAAAUCACUGACAUAGCUUCAUGCAGUGAAGACGUCAGUAUAAAAUUUGCUUGUCAUAGUUGUUUUUGUUACACAUCUUGUGCAGGCAGUCUCCUGUAAGUUUCCUUGCUCUUUUAUUUGCAGAGUUCAAAGAAGCUUUCUCACUAUUCGAUAAGGAUGGUGAUGGCACAAUCACCACAAAGGAGCUUGGCACAGUCAUGAGGUCGCUUGGCCAAAACCCCACAGAAGCUGAAUUACAGGAUAUGAUAAAUGAAGUAGAUGCUGAUGGUAAGCACGAAUUGUUUUGUUGCUAGCAAACUUUCCAGAAACUGUUAUUUACAUUAUGAUUUCUUUUUUAGGUAAUGGGACAAUUGACUUUCCUGAAUUCUUGACUAUGAUGGCUAGAAAAAUGAAAGAUACAGAUAGUGAAGAAGAAAUCAGAGAAGCAUUCCGUGUGUUUGACAAGGUAGCCUAAACAUACAUGAUUUGUAUUACAAAAAAUCAGCUCAGAUGUCAGCAGGCCUGUUAUACUUUAAGUGGUGCACUUCCCUUAAAGGACACUGGUGUCUCCAAAACAACCAGUUUUGGUGUGUAGAUUGUCCCUACAUUCUGACUGCUUAAUUAACUGAUAUUUAGUAGUUGUAUCUCUUUGCUUUUGUCAUAUCAGCCCUUGCCACAUCUCUCCUGACUGACUCACGUCCUCCAUGCAGAGAAUUGUAUUUGUUAUCAAGCCGAUGUUUAAUUUAGAGACAUCUUCUUCUGCUUUGUAUAUUUAACUUUAAUCAUACACAGGAGACUCCUGCAGGGUCUAGAAGGCCAUUAACCGAGCAGGAGAUACAUUCUAGAUUAAACCGACUGUUCAAAGGAAGGGUUUGGGAAGGCUGUGAACACUAUAUGCAGGGGCAGUGUGAUUAGGGCUGUAUAAACAAACAAGCAAUCAGAAUGCACCAAACUGCUUCAUUAAGCUAUGGUUGUCUUGGUGACUAGUCUCUUUAAACUUGGCAUUCUGAUAAGUGUGGUGUCUUGUGUUGACACCGUUGCAGGAAAAACUGUACAUAACUGGUUAUAUGGGCUGGAGUGCCCCUGGCAGUAUCACCCCUAUGAUCAACCAAAAAUGACUUGCUAUCAGCUUUGUCCCCAGAUUCCUGUCAUGACACUGGUCUACCCCCUGGCCCUUGUGCUCAAAGAAGCAUUGAUUAAUGGUCUGCUGAGUAAGCUGACUCUUGACCUAGGCACUGCCCAUUGUACUAGCAGUUUAGUUACUUGCAGUGACUGUAUAGUGGCAGACUCUUAGCCAACUCCCUCAGACAAUCAGUCCAUGCUGCGGUUACCACCGGGCCUAACUAGAAAAACAUAGGCAGCAAAUACCUGAGGAUAAAACUUUGAUUAUUUAACAUUGUGGCGAUAAAUCGUUCAAAAACUGAGUUGGAUGACGUUAUGGGCCCUGGAGUAGCACUUUAAAGGAGUUUGUGCUUUUACACUCUUGCCUAAGUUGACACUUGGAGGAAACUCAUGCCUCAUAUUGAAUACUAUAGACAACUGUUUCCUUUAAAAUGGCGUCCAUGAAAAAUUUCUUGUCUCUGCUACUUCUACAAAGCUGUCACUAGUUGGGCUCUGCAAAAGCUGUAGUUUUUGUCUAGCAGCAGUUCAAGAUAUCUGGCAAACACUAAAAGUAAUUUAAACUUGGUGGCAUUCAUUUAAUGAGAAGCUGAUGUCUUCGCUCACCUCUAACUAGAUGGUGAAACUUGCCCAUCUCUCAGGCAAUUGACUAAUUGUCAUUGGAGGGGUGGGGGGAGGUGAAACUAACUGAUCUGAAUCUAACAACUGAUAUUGCAUUUCAACUCCGUCCAGGCCCACUGAGUUGGGGAAGAGUUUAAUCAUUCAGUUGCUUGUGAAUGACCAGAAAGGGUAGAACUUUGACAGGAAGCCUAGAUGGAGGCGCUUGGUGUCAGGAUAGGUUUUCCUUUUAUAUCUAUUCAGGUCCUCAAAGUUAAGAGCAAAUCAUGGGGAUGUUGGCUACAUUUUGUUCCACAUGAUUCCCUGAAUCCUGUUAAGUGAUUAGGUGAAACUUAGUGUGAGAAAUUGAGGCCAGGUCUUCAGUAUUCCUCUAAACUGCCCUAAUUUUUUUUUUUAGGAUGGAAAUGGUUAUAUAAGCGCUGCAGAGUUGCGUCAUGUGAUGACAAAUCUGGGUGAGAAAUUAACGGACGAAGAAGUUGAUGAGAUGAUCAGGGAAGCAGAUAUUGAUGGGGAUGGCCAAGUAAAUUAUGAAGGUAAACUUUCUUUUUUUUAAUCAUACUUUGAAGAUGACUUUUACAUUAAAACUGUUCUUUUAUAGUUCAGAUUUGUUUUUUGUUUUUCAGUAAUUUUCUAAGUGUUUCAAACAAUGUAUUGGAUAUCAGAUUUUUAAAAUUUGCACACAUACACUAUUGGGCAAUGUCUUCAGAUUAUUUUUAUUUUCCCUUUUUUAAACAUGUUUGUUAAAGGAACACUCAAAGCACUAGAACCACUACAGAGUGAUGUGGUACUAGGAGAGUUCCUUAAGUUGGUAGGCAGUAUUUGUUCUCACUUAGUUGUCCUUUUGGUUAAUACAGUACUAUCUUUCAACUUAGUUUAAACUUCUGUAAAUGGUUUGUGUGGAGUCCCACUCCCCCUCUUCUAACUAUUUUAACAUGCAAAUGUAGAGGUUUGAAACCACUGUCCUGACUAGAAAUUGUAUGGAAAGUCUAUAUAUUGCUUUAUUCAAACUGUUGUAACUAUUCUAUUUCUGCAACGCUUAAAUACACUAUAUAACAGGAAAUUAUCCUGAUGUUCCUACUUCUUCGUAUGUCUUCCUGAAGAUCUAAUUUGAAGAUUUAAUAUCCCAGCAGUCUGUACUCUCAAUACAGUACAUCUAAAACAUGGUUACUCUUUCUUAAUACACUUUUUUUCUUUUCCUUUUCAGAGUUUGUACAAAUGAUGACAGCAAAGUGAAGACUGUACAGAAUGUGUUAAAUUUCUUGUACAAAGAUGUUUAUUUGCCUUUCUUUGUUUGUAACUUAUCUGUAAAAUGUUUCUCCUUACUGUCAAAUGCAUGUAUAGUAAUUUAGAAUUCCAUUCAUGUUUCCCAUAUUACUGUCAGUCUCAUUUGUUUCAAUGAAAAGUUGAUCAAGUAACUAAAGCUGCAUGUGGCUUACUCUGGAGUUCCUAUAAGCCCAUUGUGCACAAAUGCUAGCUUGAUGAAUUUGUUCAAAUGAGGGAACACCUAGAAUCUAACUUCCCACUUAAUUUUUUUUAUAUAUAACUUCCCUCUUUAAAGCUGACUGACUUCAAGUAACCUGUUUGCUUGUUGGAAUGUGGAGUAAACAACUCUAAAUUAAAGAUAGUUAACAAUACUGAAAUUAUGUUGCACUAAUGCAGAACUGGUAUAUCCAGGUACUUGUCUUGUACACUUAUUUCUUUCCUUUCCUGCCCUUCUGUUCCUUUGCUCCAGUACAGUGUACAUCUUCACUAGGCUUUUUAAAGAUUCUUUUUGUGCCCACUUUCACUGCAGGACCUACAGCACAUUAAACAUUAGUGAGUUGUAAGUUCCUACACCAGUAAAAGUUUUCCUUUUUGUUUAGCCACUUUUCAGAAGAACCUGCUUAUGGCACAAUUUGCCUCAAAUCCAUUCCAAGUUGUAUAUUUGUUUUCCAAUAAAAAAAAAAUUUAUUAUGGCUUCCUUUUCUGUGACUUAUUUUUGCAGUGUCAAUUUCAAAUACUGCUGCCUAGCACUUU